AUGGUGACUUGGAAAAAACUAGCCAAUGAAAUUGGUAAUGCUUGUUAUCUUUCUUCAGUGGAGCAUAAAUCAGUCAAGGACGCCCGUAAAGAUGAGCAAUGGAUAUCUGCCAUGCAAGAUGUGCUUCAACAAUUUGAGAGAAAUGAAGCAUGGACCCUUGUUCCUCAUCCUUUGGGUGUCAACAUCAUUGAUGACAUAGUAUUUGGAUCCACUUGGGAUGUACACUGUCACUCCUUUUUUCAACUAAUGAUAAAGGAAAUUGAAAUGAGCAUGGUUGGUGAAGUAAGUUACUUUCUUGGUUUAAAAAUUAAACAACUUGAUAAUGGCAUUUUAUUGUCUCAAUCAAAAUUUGCCAAAAACAUGCUCAAAAAGUUUGGUUUAGAAAAUGCAAAACGUGCUCGCACUCCUAUGGACAACACUACCAAAUUGAUCAGAGACGAAAUAGGUAAAAAGGUUGAUGCAACACUGUAUAGAAGUAUGAUAGGCAACUUACUUUACAUUACUGCUGGUCGUCCUAAUAUUUGUUUCAGUGUUGGGGUUUAUGCUAGAUCUCAAUCUGUCCCCACUGAACUGCAUCUUAUUGGUGUGAAAAGAAUUCUAAAAUACCUGACUGGUACCACUGAUUUUGGUCUUUGGUACUCUUGUGAUACGAAUCUUUCUUCGGUUAGUUUUAGUGACUCUGAUUGGGCAGGUAACUUGGAUGAUCAGAAAAGCACUUCAGGUGACUGUUUUUAUGUGGGGAACAACCUGGUCUCUUGGCACAGCAAAAAGAAAAACUCCAUCUUUUGCGCGAUUAUGGCCUUUGUCUGGAGCAGAGUACAUUGCGUCAUGAAGUUGUUGCACUCAAAUUCUUUGGAUGAAACAAAUUUUGCACGAUUAUGGCCUUUGUCUUGA